GCCUGGUCUCCGCAGAGGAUCUGUUGCCGUCAUGUCGGCUGCGAUUGCAGCUCUGGCAGCUUCCUAUGGUUCGGGUUCAGGGUCCGAAUCAGACUCGGACAGUGAGGGCGGACGGUGUCCGCUGCCAGCCGCCGACUCCCUCAUGCACUUGUCUAAAUCUCCUUCGGCCAAGCCCUCUCUGGCGGUGGCGGUGGACUCAGCUCCGGAGGUGGCAGUUAAGGAAGAUUUGGAGACUGGAGUUCACCUUGAUCCUGCUGUCAAAGAGGUUCAGUAUAACCCUACCUAUGAGACGAUGUUUGCUCCUGAGUUUGGACCAGAAAAUCCCUUUCGGACACAGCAAAUGGCUGCUCCUAGAAAUAUGCUUUCUGGAUAUGCUGAACCAGCUCAUAUCAAUGAUUUUAUGUUUGAACAGCAAAGAAGAACUUUUGCCACAUACGGUUAUGCAUUGGACCCUUCAUUAGAUAAUCAUCAAGUGUCUACUAAAUAUAUUGGUUCUGUAGAAGAAGCUGAAAAAAAUCAAGGUUUAACUGUGUUUGAAACUGGUCAGAAGAAAAUAGAAAAGAGGAAAAAGUUCAAAGAAAAUGAUGCCUCUAAUAUUGAUGGUUUCUUGGGACCGUGGGCAAAAUAUGUGGAUGAAAAAGAUGUAGCCAAACCUUCAGAAGAAGAACAAAAAGAAUUGGAUGAAAUUACAGCAAAGAGGCAGAAAAAAGGCAAACAGGAAGAAGAGAAACCUGGAGAGGAAAAGACCAUCUUACAUGUUAAAGAAAUGUAUGACUAUCAAGGCAGGUCCUAUCUUCACAUACCUCAGGAUGUUGGUGUUAAUCUACGGUCAACUGUGCCACCUGAGAAGUGUUAUCUUCCCAAAAAACAAAUUCAUGUGUGGUCUGGACACACAAAAGGCGUCAGUGCUGUCAGAUUAUUUCCUCUUUCUGGCCAUUUAUUGCUGUCUUGUUCCAUGGACUGUAAAAUUAAGCUAUGGGAGGUUUAUGGAGACAGGCGCUGUCUGCGAACAUUUAUUGGUCACAGUAAGGCUGUUAGGGACAUCUGCUUUAAUACUGCAGGAACACAGUUCCUCAGUGCAGCUUAUGACAGGUAUCUUAAGCUCUGGGACACUGAGACAGGACAGUGUAUAUCAAGAUUUACAAACCGAAAAGUACCCUAUUGUGUCAAAUUUAACCCUGAUGAAGAUAAGCAAAAUCUCUUUGUGGCUGGGAUGUCUGAUAAAAAGAUUGUGCAAUGGGACAUUCGAAGUGGAGAAAUUGUGCAGGAAUAUGAUCGACAUUUGGGAGCUGUCAACACCAUUGUUUUUGUUGAUGAGAACAGGAGAUUUGUGAGCACAUCUGAUGAUAAGAGCCUAAGGGUUUGGGAAUGGGAUAUCCCUGUGGAUUUCAAGUAUAUAGCAGAACCCAGUAUGCACUCAAUGCCUGCAGUGACUUUGUCUCCAAAUGGGAAAUGGCUAGCAUGCCAGUCAAUGGACAACCAAAUCUUAAUUUUUGGAGCACAGAACAGAUUUAGAUUAAAUAAGAAAAAAAUCUUUAAGGGCCAUAUGGUAGCAGGCUAUGCUUGUCAGGUGGACUUUUCACCAGACAUGAGCUAUGUGAUUUCAGGAGAUGGAAAUGGAAAAUUAAAUAUCUGGGACUGGAAGACCACAAAACUCUACAGUCGGUUUAAAGCUCAUGAUAAAGUGUGUAUAGGUGCAGUAUGGCAUCCUCAUGAAACAUCUAAAGUCAUAACAUGUGGUUGGGAUGGUCUCAUUAAAUUGUGGGAUUAAAGAGAUUAAUCCUUAAACUAUCUAGGAUCAUUUUUGAUCCAAUAUCAUAUUUAACUAUAUUUAAUUAUUAAAUGUGUUGGAUGACAACUUGA